AUGAAGUCUGAAUAUUUAUUUAUUCAACACAUGACACGAACCUUUUGUUUAUCCUGGAAAAAGUUUAAACAAGUUUUUGAUUGUCAAAGUGGGUUGGAAAAGUGUUCCGAUGUUGUAGAUAUGUUAGUGAACGAUAUAAGUAGAAGUAUAGCGAAGAUUCUGGAAUUUAAGAAGGUUCAGAGAUUUCCUAGAAAUUCUUUUGAGUUAAGGUUCAUUCAAAAAGCUCGAAUACCUUCAAAGGAGUCAAAACAUUGUAGUUAA